AUGGCUCUCGAAGGCUGCGUCGGAUCGCUACGAAGCAGCAUGCAGCUGCUUGACUCGUCCAUCAACAUCCUCGAUGAAGCUACCAACGACUUCCCACGCCUUUCUAAAGUCUUACAGACGACUCGGCACUUUGAACUUAUCUCCGAACCAGACCUGCAUUCCGCCCAAUCCGCCCUCCUGUCUGAAAUACGUCCCGAAGUCGAAUCGCUCCUCACCCGCGUCCAAAACUACCUGGAUAAGCUAGAGCGCCGCGAGCAAUCUCUAAUCGCGAAAUGCGACCUCAACGACGGCCGUCUCGGCACCCAGGACAGCAACGCCGAAUCAGCAUUCGGGGCCAAGAGCAAGGGAAGUGCGGGUGCGAAUGGGAAGCCCAUCAGCGCUGUGCAAGAGAUGAAGUACAAACAGUUAAGGGCGAAGAAGCAGCGUUUGAGCUAUGCGGUAGAGACCCUCGAAAUGCAGGCUAAGCAGAGGGAGAGACAAUUGAGGAUGAGUAUGGCGGCCCCACAGCAGCUUGGACUUGAGGAUUGA